AGCUCGCUCCGCGACCGUUUGCGCAGAGUCGAGAUGUCCGAAACCGCUCCUGCUCCGGCUGCUGAGGCAGCGCCCGCUGUCGCGGCCCCCGCCGCCAAGGCCGCCGCCAAGAAGCCGAAGAAGGCGGCGGGCGGCUCCAAGACCCGCAAGCCCGCGGGCCCCAGCGUCACCGAGCUGAUCACCAAGGCCGUGUCCGCCUCCAAGGAGCGCAAGGGGCUCUCACUCGCCGCGCUCAAGAAGGCGCUGGCCGCCGGCGGCUACGAUGUGGAGAAGAACAACAGCCGCAUCAAGCUGGGGCUCAAGAGCCUCGUCAACAAGGGCACCCUGGUGCAGACCAAGGGCACCGGCGCCUCGGGCUCCUUCCGCCUCAACAAGAAGCCUGGCGAAGUGAAGGAAAAAGCCCCCAAGAAGCGGGCAGCCGCGGCUAAGCCCAAGAAGCCGGCUGCCAAGAAGCCGGCCAGCGCCGCUAAGAAGCCCAAGAAGGCAGCGGCGGCGAAGAAGAGCCCCAGGAAAGCCAAGAAGCCGGCAGCUGCCGCGGCCAAGAAAGCGGCCAAGAGCCCUAAGAAGGCGACUAAGGCUGCUAAGCCGAAAAAGGCGGCGGCAGCCGCGAAGAGCCCGGCCAAAGCGAAGGCGGUGAAGCCCAAAGCAGCCAAGCCCAAGGCGGCCAAGCCGAAAGCGGCCAAGCCAAAGAAGGUGGCGCCCAAGAAGAAGUAAGCUCCGAGGAAAAAAAAACCCUUGGCGUCGCACUGAACCCCAACGGCUCUUUUAAGAGCCACCCAAA